AUGACGUUGCGGUCCAGCUGUGAGACACUGUCGUUGAAUUUCCGGAUGCUCGAACGGGUAUUGCGGUUUGUGGCCCUGUGGCCAACGGACUAUAAUCCCUAUCUGCCGAAGUAUCUGCGCGGUCGGUAUCUACUCUCGGAGCUGAUCAAUUCGUGCUAUAUGUUGUUUUGGUUCUUCGUCUGCGUGCAUAUAGCGGCGUUUCACAUCGUGUCGAUUCUGACGAUCAAUUUAAGCUACGACGAGCUGUUUCUUACGCUGAUCACUACCAGCAUCUACUCGAUCCUGACGGCGCUGGGCGCGUAUCUUCGACUGUACGAAGCUAACAUACGGCAGCUGUACGAGUUCACGACGAAACACUUCCGAAAGCGGUCCGCCGCCGGUGUCCACUACAUCUCGAUCAGUUCCUCCAUGCGGUUUACCAACCGGUACCAGUUCUGGUGGCUUGUUAUCUGCGUACUGGGCACGAUGCAUUGGGCAAUCUAUCCGAUUCUGUCCCAGGAGCGGACGCUACCCUUUCCCUGCUGGUACCCGGUGGACGUCCAGCAGUCUCCGAUGUACGAACUGGCCUACAUCUUGCAGGUGCUUGGACAACUGCAGGUGAGCCUUGUGUAUGGGUUGGCCGGAGCACUCUUCAUGGUGCUGGUGUUUAUGACCUGCAGUCAGUUCGAUAUGCUGUGCUGCAGUCUAGCAAACAUCUGCCAGUCGGCCAUGAUCUUGAAUGGAGGCUACCGAACAGAGCUUCGCCACUACCAAGACAACCACGAGAUAGACACUCGCGAGUACAUCCUGCAGGAAGUGUUCCGAGAGGAUCUUGAGAAUGUGCAGGCUACUCGAACCGUUUCGAAGCUCGACCAACUAACCGCAUCCCAACGGUAUCUCAUGGAGCUCUCGGCAGAGCUAACCUGCGUUCUGGAGGACUGCAUUAAGCAUCAUCUACUGCUUCUCCGCUUCUGUCGACUGCUGGAAAACUGCUACCAUCCAUACAUUCUGUUGAAACUGUUCCAGAUCCUACUACUGCUUUGCUUCCUCGCCUUCAUGGCAACGGUGGAAAGUUUGUCUACAAUGAAAUUAAUUAAUGUGCUCGAGUACUUUAUGCUCACGAUGACGGAACUGUAUCUGUACUGCUUUCUCGGACACAUGCUCAUGAACCAGGGCUUGAAGGUGGGUGACGCUCUGUGGAAAUCUCCAUGGCAUCUGUGUGGAGCUUCCUAUCGCCGCCGCAUGUUGAUUAUCCUGAUGAAUGCCCAGCGCCCGGUACGCUUGACGGGUUUGAAGUUGUACGAGUUAAACCUGGAAACGUAUUACACGGUCCUGAAGGCGGCAUUUUCUUACUACACGUUAAUUAAAAAGUUCCGUUAG